CACUCGUAUUUCUUUCCAGCUUUUGGAUUAGCUUUUUAUCAUAUCAAAAUACAAUGGCUGCUAGAGGUGGGAUCCACUUCGUGAGGUAUUACUUCUAUGCUGGCAACACAAUAGACCCAGUGAUAAAAGAGAAAUUAGUAGGCUUGGCCUACGCGACAGCUCGAGACAAGACACUGGCCCCUACAGCAAUUCUCAUUCGAUCCGGAAUUCAUGAUACUACUACUAUCGACGGGAAGCAUGCGAUAGAUCCCCUAGGCUUUCACGUUACUAUUGCCUACAAAUAUGGUGACCAUGUGACGACCGAAAAUCAUGUCGUAUCGCAUGGAUACACUGGUGGCCAACAAAGCUUCGAUCUUACUGAGGCAACACAUACUCCUGAGAAAGCAGACACUACUCCUCGGGGAGGCAGGAGUUCCGGCAAAGUCGUUUGGCCGUCUGCAAAUCUUCUUGAAGAAUACAAAUAUAGUCCAAUAGGCCACUCGCAUUUACCCGAGGAACCCUAG